GCGCUAAGCAAGGCUGCGACGGGAACACAAUGGAUGUGGCCUGUUGUGAACUGUUUAUUUUGUAACAAUGUCUUUUUAAUUAGAAAUUCCUCCGAUUCUUGCUCAUUUCUCUGUUCGCCGCCGAAGGUUAUGCUCGUGCCGAUAUUCUGAAGUGUCAUUCCGACCACUCCGAAGCAAAGAAAAAACUCGGCGCCAAGAUGGACCAGAUGUACGAGAAACGUCUGAACAUGCUGACCCCCGUCCAGUCGCCUCAGUCGCCGCAGCAAACGUACCAGCGGGCGUUCACCUGUCCGACGAGGAACAUCGCCGUGAGAAACCUGGAAAGGGAGUUCGGCUCGCCCAACGAAAACUCGUACAUGAGCGGCGACGACAACGUGGACAGGUUCCGCGUCCAAGCGAGCUCUGUGGUGAAUUCGUGGUCGAGCAGUUCGUUGGCGUUUGCCUCGAGAUCGGCGCCGAAUAAGGAAGUCUGCAGUGACCGAUACAUCCCUUACAGACAAGGCAACAACUGGGAGACUAAGUUUCCCAUGAUUUCUGACGAAUUAGCCAGCCACGAUAACAACAGGAAUAAUCACAGUCCAAAGAAGAGCAAGGAGAGCGACGGCAGCAAAGACGGCGCAGCCUACUCGUGUCUCCUCAAAAAUGAGCUGCUCGGCACAGAAAUUGAUGACGUGAAAGCACAGACUGACAAUAAGAAGCAGACGGGGCCGACCGAAACCAACAACCUUUUUAGGUUUAAAUCUCCGAGGAAGAACUUCCUCAUCAGUGACAGCAACUCGCCGUACUCGCUCUACCCGGUCAGCCCAAAGAGCCAGAAGCUGUUGUGUUCGCCGCGAAAGGCGACUAGGAAAAUCUCGCGCAUCCCCUUCAAGGUGCUGGACGCGCCGGAGCUGCAGGACGACUUCUAUCUCAAUUUGGUCGACUGGUCGUCGCAGAACGUGCUGAGCGUCGGGCUCGGCAGCUGCGUCUACCUCUGGUCCGCCUUCACCAGUCAAGUCACCAGGCUCUGUGAUCUCUCCAGCGACACAAACUCAAUCACCUCCGUCGCUUGGAAUCAAAGGGGAAAUUUAGUCGCCGUAGGAACAAAUCACGGGUAUGUUCAAAUCUGGGACGUGGCGGCCAACAAGCAAAUCAACAAGUUGCAAGGCCACUCGGCCCGAGUCGGUGCCCUCGCGUGGAACGGAGAGGUGCUCUCCUCCGGCAGCCGAGACCGCGUCAUCCUGCAAAGAGACGUGCGCACGCCCAGCGUCAUCCCUGAGAGAAAGUUGGUCGGGCACAGACAAGAGGUUUGCGGCCUCAAGUGGUCGCCAGACAACCAGUUCCUCGCUUCGGGUGGAAACGACAAUCGACUGUACGUUUGGAACCUUCAUUCCCUCCAACCAGUCCAAACCUACUCGGAGCAUUUGGCAGCUGUAAAAGCGAUUGCCUGGUCUCCUCACCACCACGGUCUCUUGGCUUCGGGCGGCGGCACGGCCGACAGAUGUAUUAGAUUUUGGAACACCCUGACUGGCCAGCCGAUGCAGUGCGUCGACACUGGCUCGCAAGUUUGCAACCUGGCCUGGUCCAAGCACUCGUCAGAACUGGUUAGCACACACGGAUACUCGCAAAACCAGAUCCUGGUGUGGAAGUACCCGAGCCUGACGCAGGUGGCCAAGCUGACCGGCCACUCGUACCGCGUGCUCUACUUGGCCAUGUCCCCGGACGGAGAGGCCAUCGUAACCGGCGCCGGGGACGAAACCCUCAGGUUCUGGAACGUUUUCAGCAAAGCGCGCUCGCAGAAGGAAAACAAAUCCGUGCUUAGUCUGUUCAACAACAUCCGAUGAGUGCCCCCAAAUUCCGUGAAUUAUCCACAGGAAACCAAUAUCACAAAUGCUUUUUGGAUGUUUUGCAUAUUUUUGCAACAUCGAGUGAUCUAUCGCUGACCGUUUUUGCAAUGAUAACUUUUAGUUAAGUUGUAUUGUACAUUUGCUUCGCCACAAAGAGAAAAAGAUAAUCUUUAUUUCCCUAUUAAGUAGUGUUUAUGUUCAAUGAAUUCUGUGAUGUCUUCUUAAGGGUCCGAAGGCGAGUCAAUUAAAAAUUGUAAAUAAGUUGUCUUCGAAAUCCGAGGCAGAAGUUUGAAAAGCUGUUUGAUUUCCGGGAGGUUGAUUGUGUGAAGUAAGAAUUAAAUUUGUGUUUGCUAAUUAAUCUAUGAAUAGCUGUAAUUUCGUAAAAUUAACUAAUUUGAUGAUUAAAUUUAGAGAAAAUAUAUAAUAUUUAACGGGAA